AGCGACUAAACCACUACCACCAAAUCAUAAACCAUUCCUCUCUCCAGAGGAAUAUAAUUGAAUUCAGAGUCUCUGCAACAUAACAGAUUGCAGAGUCUUUGCAAUCCAAAGUUACUCCACAUACAAAGAGCUGGGGUGCUGUGAACCAUCCUCAAGGGAAAAUACAGUCAACAGACUGUCAUCAUGUAAUGACUCAGGUGUUGGGUGAUCAGACAAGCACUUCAAAGCCAACGGAGUAACUGUGUUCAGUGACAUAAAGGAAAAGACACUCCUAGUGAACAGAAACAUAGGAAAUCUCAGCAGAGGGAUAGAAGAUGUUUUUUAAAACCAGCCAAAUGGAAAUUUAGAAUUGAAAAAUAUAACACUUGAAAUAAAACAUUCACUGAAUGGGCAUAAUAGACUGGAAAGGACAAGAAGUAGUCAGAUGGGGGGAAGCCAGAGGAGCCUUAGGGACUCAGAGGGCAGCGACAAGUGUGAAAUGCACAGUGACUGUGGAGCCCAGAGGGGAGGUGAGAGGCACGGUGGGGCAGGAGAAGUGCUUGACGAACAGACUCUCCCGAUUAAAGAAGCUCAGGGAGUCUCAAACUGGGUGAAUAUGACUACCGCCGCACCUGGGCACAUCAUUUUUAAGUUACUAAACACUUUAAGCUUCACUUUAAAAAUCUUGAAAGCAGCCAGAGAAAAACAACAGAUUACACACACACAGUGCUGCAAACACUGGGAACUUAUCACAUAAGGCCAGUGGAAUGCUGGAGGAAAGAUAGUCAGCUUCCCAGCCGCAUGUGCUAAAUACAGAUAUUUUCAGAAAAAGGGAAGCUGAUAGAAUUUGUUGCCAUCAUCUGUAUAUUGUCAGAAAUGCUAAAGGAAGUUUUUCCUGGCUGAAGGUAAAUGAUAUGAGAGUGAAACUCAGAUCUUUAUGCGAGUGAUGAGCAUCAAAAAGAGUAAAUACCUGGGGGAACGUCUUCUUUAAAGUAUGUAUUUAGGGACUUCCCUGGCAGUCCAGUGAUUAAGAUUCCACACUGCGUAUGUAGGGAGCACUAGCUCAAUGCCAGAUCGGAUAACUAAGAUCCUGCAUGCCGCAUGACUCCCCCCCCCACAAAAAAAACGUGCAAUAUGUAUUUAAAGAAAAAAACCAGAACGUGUCUUGAGUUUGUAAUGCAUGCAGGUGAAAUACGCAUGAUGGCCAUCACAUGAAGCCACGGGUGAGGGGUCCACGGACCUGCAGGUUCUGCCUUGGCGUGUCGUGCUGCCGUGUUCUAAGCAGGCUGUGAAAUGGGGUCAGAGCAACAACCAUGAAAUUAUGCAGAGAACCAUAACUAAAGAAGAUAAAUUGAAAGGGAACUUAAAAAAAAAUCCAAAUAAUAUGAAAGAAAGCAGGAAAGAGAGAAGUAAAACACUGGAGAGAUGAGCAGAAAACAAAACAGUAGCCUUAAACCCAGCCAUAGUGUCAUUAUACACUUGCCAAAGCCCAGCAUCAAAAGUGACCCUGUUCUAAACAUGGACUUGAGGCAAGAGUGAUGUGCCCAUGUAGGUUCAUCAGAGUACUUCCCUGGGGCAGGGUGUUAAUAGUGGAAGAGGCUCUGCUUAUGUGGGGGCAGCAGAUGUAUGAAACUCUCUUACUUCCUGCUUAGUUUAGCGAUGAGCCCAAAACUGUUCUUAAAAAAAUAAUCUUUUAGGUAUUAAGACAAAGGAACAAGUAGAAAACAAAUAAUAAAAUGGUAGACCUGAGUCUAACCACAGUGAUAUUUACAUUAAAUAUUAAUGGACUAAACUCUCCAGUUAAAAGUUAGAAAUGAUAAAAUGGGUAAUAAGCAAGACCCUAUGACAUGCUGUCUAUGAGAGAUUCACUUUAAACAUAAAAAUCACAAGCUGAAAAUAAGUGGAUGCAAAACGUGUAUGUAUACAAAUAGCACAAGAAGGCUGGAGUGGUUGUACUAAUAUCAGGUAAAGUAGGUUCAAGAUAAGGAGUAUUACCAAAGAGAACCAGAAAAUUCUAGUGAUAAAGAGGUGGUUUCAUCAGAAAAACAUAUCAGUUACAAAUGUACCCAAUAAAGGGAAUAAUAAGCAAUUCCACAAUCAUAGGCAAUUUUAACAUCUUUCUCUCACCAGUUGUUAGAACAAAAGACCUAAAGAAAUCAGUGAAGACAUAGAGGGUCUGAACAGUGCUCCUGGAAUCUUGACCUGAGGGGUGUUUAUAGAGCCACACCCAUCAGAAACAGAACACAGAUUCCUUCUAGUGCAUGUUCUCUAGCGUAGACCAAAUGCUGUGCCCUGAAACAAGCUUCCAGGAAAAGUAAAGAAGUAAAAGCUGCAUUUAUUUGCAUAGGACAUGAUUAUUUAUAUAGAAGAUGCUAAGAAAUCUGAAAAAGUCCUUAGGAUGGAAAAAAGCAAGAACCAUUAGAGAAAAAAUGGAUGCAGUUAAUUUUUAAUUUGUUCUAAAGAGACCCAUAAGGAAAUGAAAAGACAAGUCACAGAAUGGGAGAAAUGUCUGCAGUACACAUACCCAGCAAAGGACAUGUGAAGAGCUAGCACAUAAUAAUAGAAAGACAACUCAGCCAAACAUGGUGGCCCAGAGAAGUGAACAGACUCAUCACAAGAGAUGUAAGGUGUGUGAGCGGCCCACAAGCAGGACAGAGGUGCUGACCAUAUCUAGUUACAGAAACACAGAUGGGAACAGAGAACCACCGCCCACCCGACAGUGUGUGAUCACGACGUGGUGUGGCCAGAGCAGGUGAGGCGCUCAGAGCUGCAGGGGCUGCAUGUGGAGCCAUGGCCAGAGAAGAGCUGGGCAUUAGCUUCCCAGAGUUACCUUGACCCAGUGCUUCCAGAUGUUGACCCAAGAAAGAAGGCAAGUGACCGUGCAGGAACAGGCCCAAGAAUGUCUCCGGCAGCGUUAGCCAAAAUGUGGAAAUAGCCAUGUGGCAAUUGGCAGGCAGUGGGCAGGGGAAGCGUCCUUACAGUGGAUGCCACUGAGUCACAAGAGGGCAAAGUACAGAGGAAUUCAAAGAUCCUGGCGGCCAUGCUGAUGGGCAGGAGCCCAACCCAAGGUGCGUGGAUGGUGUGGUCUUUUCCCCCGAAAUUCCAAGAGACACAGUCCACGUGUAGUGGUGGGGUCUGAGGAGGGACAGUGUGGUGUGCACACUAUCAGUGGUGUCUGUUAAGCAGAUGGAGGUGUCGGCUGAGCUGAUUCCUGAAUCAAAGUUGGCAGCGUGUGACACCAGUAGUUGCCACUGAGGGGACUUCACAUCCCAGAAAGGGGCUGGUGCCCCAAGGAAGAGCUGGUGUUUUUAAUGAGGGUACUUGACUCCAGACUGGGGGAGCGCCAUCUGCUCCAUCAGCCUGGACUGAACCCAGCACAGAGCAAGCAACAGGACAGACCCCAGCCUGGGACCCCUGGGCCCUGGGCCAGUGGACGGAGCCGCUCGUCAUCCCCCAGGCCCAAGUGCGCUCUUUGGGACACACCCUCCCUUGAACCUGAGCUCGUCUUCCUCAUGCACAGCUUCCUCCUACAGCUGUUUUUAUUAAGAGAGAAGUCUUUUUAGAAGUGACUUUUGUGUGUUUGGGACAGAUUAUAAUUGUGGUUCCCACCUUGCAGAAAUUGAUUAAAAAUCCAACUAACGUUUACUUCCAGGGUCGUGCAGGCUAGUGUGUUUCCCUGGUUACUCUAGAGAUGUGGCAGCAUGAGCACUAAAUCACCUGGGCUGUCUCGUUUCUAGUGGUUUCCGUGUUAGGAAGUUUACUUGAGGCCGGUGAUCCUAUUUCGUCUGUUUGCUCUCUGGACCCACUGCCCAUCAGAAGCUCUUGCCCUGGACUCCCUGUGCCGUCGCCCAGCUGGAGGUUGCUCACACGCCCUUCUGUGAUGAUGGCAGGCUGGGCUCCAGGGUUGUGACACUCUAGAGCCAGCAACCAACCCCCUGACUGCUGAUCAAGGGUGGCAAGGGCCUGAAUGUCUGCAGCCCACGUCCAAGAGGGCCAGAGCCUGCACUCCGGGACAUGGCACUCCGGCGUGCCGUCUUCCUGGCUGGCCUCCUGGUGGAAGUUGCUAGCAGAGCCUCAGGAACUGCGGGUCAGCAGCCUGAGUGCUGUGUGGAUGCGGGAGACAUCAAUGCCACCUGCCCAGGCACUAGCCUGUGUGGCCCAGGCUGCUACGGGCGCCCGGCCGAGGAUGGGAGCGUCAGCUGCAUCCAGUGCAGGAACGGAACCCACAACAGCUCUGAGUGCAGAGGCCUUGCCGGCCGAGGUGCACAGUUCCCUGUGAACAAGAGCACAGGGAUGCCUGGGCGGCAGAAUGUCGGGGGCCCUCAGGUGGCCGCCUCCCUCUUCCUGGGGACAUUUCUCAUCAGCUCGGGCCUCAUCCUCUCUGUGGCUGCAUUCUUCUACCUCAAGCGAGCCAGCAAGCUGCCCAAGGUCUUCUAUGGAAGAAACAGAGCUCCCGCCCUGCAGCCUGGCGAAGCCGCCGUGAUGAUUCCCCCACCUCAGUCCUCAGUGAGGAAGCCGCGCUACGUCCGGCGUGAGCGGCCCUUGGACAGAGAUGUAGGCCCCACCACUGUCUCCUCUGUGGAGGCCCGAGUGAGCAACGUCUGACCCCGAGGUCCACCCGCAACUCCACAUACCGCAGAAGAGGGGCCCCCAUGCACAAAGGCUGGGCACUGCCCAGCGAGGCCUCGGGAUGGGCUCAGACAUGGCCCUGGCUUGGCUCGUCUGAUUCCAGCCACAUAUGCAAGGGGAGCCGCCCACCUGCAGGCCUUCCUCACCGCACAUGGCACUCAGUAUGACCAACCCGGGGCAUCACUCCAGCCUCUGCCCUUGAGCCCAGGUGGGGAGCCAGGCACAUGGGGUCUGGGCCCCAUGGGAGAGACAGCCUACAGGACUCCAGAUGCUCCUCUGCCCUGGAGUCCAUGGUGAGCAGAUUCCUUGCAUCCUCUCUGAGAGCAGUGAGGCCCAGGCCUUUGAAGUUCCAGCUGCAUCCACAUGGAGGUGGUACAGGCCUGGGGACCGCCCACCCACCCCAGGCUCAGGCACCACAGGCUGUGCUGCAUUGCUGCCUAGUCCCAGGAGCUGCAGGACCGAGCUGCUUGGCUUCCUGCUGACUCCUGUCUGUGUUUAAGCAGAAACGCAUUUUGUACAGAAGUCCAAGAGGCAUGCUGCCCUCAUCUGAGCCCUGCCUGGGCCCCAGGCGCUACAGGUCCUCAUCUACCUGGGGAUGGAAACUGGCCUGAAACUGCUGGAGGUCAAGGUUGCCCAGGGACGUGUCCACCCAGGGACACAUUUACCUGUGACUGCUGCCUGGAAGCCUGGACUAGCUCAUCACGCCAGCCUCCCAAGGACCUCACUGGCUGGCAGUCCUGUCUGGCUGCCCCCACCCUGAGGCACCAGCCAAGGUUCCCAUGGAGACAGGAGUGUUGGGGCACCCGCUGCAUGCGGGUGGAGUGUGGCCUGGCCUCCCCAGAAUCUCUAUUGGGACUGCUGUCUCCUCCUUCAGGAUCUGGUCCGAGUCCGUGCCGCCCGAGGCAGGGCCUGUGUGGCCAGCCUCCCAACUUCUGCACCGUGAUUCCCACUGGAGCCUUUGCAGUUUCUGGACGUGAGCUUGGUCACCAGGACAUGAACGGAUGACUGGCUGGUGGCCAUGAGCGGCAGCCACCUGAAAUUAGCGUCAAUAAACCACUCAGGCCUUUCUUACUGCC